AUGGAUGACAAUUGGUUGAUGUUCAGUUGCAUCCCCAAUAUUAUGGAUUCCAAUCGGUUCCAGACGGAUAGCAGAAUUCGCAAGGUGCUAGGAUUGGCUACUCUCUGGGCUUGCUUUGAUCCAGCGGCAUCAGAAUACCUUCCACCUGAUUUCAAUGAGAAUCCAGUGGAGAAAGUUUCCAUCAAGGUGGUGGUUGUGAACCGGUCCCUGGACAUUGUGGACGUAGGAAACCAACAACAAGAAGCAGCUGCAGCCGGUGUAGCCAAUGGAAACAAUGGAAACAACGCGAACGGUGCCAAUGGCAAUGAUAUGGAGACUCUGGUUGGCUACGUACGUCGGCUGGAACAAACCAACCAAGAGCAGUUGCAGGCUAUACGUGCACAGCAAGCUACUGAUAGGCAAUGGAUGAAGGCGCAGUUCGAUAGAGUGGUGAACAACCAGAGAAGAUUUGGUGGUACUAUUGAGUCAGCGUUCCAGAGGCAAGAUCCAGGUCGGCAAGCUAGAAAUCGACAGCAUGAACUGGAUGAGAGGGAAGUCGAACAGCAAGAACAGGAAGAACAGCAACAGCAACAGCAACAGCAACAGCAACAGCAACAGCCAGCUGCAAGGAACCCAGCAGCACGUCGAACUCGAACUCGCAAUGUCCCAGCCACUGCACAGAUGAAGAAGAAUCUGCGCAGUCUCAUGGAGCUGUGGGUUGAAUGGUCUGUUGGCUACUUUGGUAAGGCGGCAAAGGACUUUACCAAUGAUGAGAGGAACAAGGAUGGACCAACAAAGCAGAUGUACAUGAGGAGACUCAAGAUCUGGAAAGUGCAAGCUUAUUUGGUUGCUAAUGGCCACACUAUUGAAGCAGCCAACGAAAAGAUCAAGACAUACUACUACACAGACAGUCCCACUACCCUCUCUGGUGCCAUCAAGCGGGAUCAACGCAAUCCAGAAUUGAGGUUCAUUCCCUCUGGGAUUCGCGUGCGCAAUGGCAUCCAUUUGAAUGGGAAUGGACCACUCGGCAAUGACCUUGGUGGCAUACUAGCUUGA